AUGAACAGUAAGGAAGCCCUGGUAGUACUAGAAGAAAAUAGUCGGGAAGUAGAAGAAAAAGAUGAGUUUAAUGUUAACUUGGAAGAAAAUUAUGCGCAGAACGAUGAAAUUCAAAAUGAUGAGCCUGGUUCAGUACACGUCAUAGGUGAUGAGAAUGAUACAAACAUACAAAAUGCAUUUGACGACGAAAAGCCACUUAAAAAAGAGGAUGAAAAAUCCAAUGAAGUGCACAAUGGUGAAAAAACACUGACCAUAGUUAAAAAUGAAUCUGUGGGUGGUGUAAGUGACCAAGAAAAAGAUUUACAGAAUAAUGAUGAGAAGAGGAUCGAUGAUAACUCGGGUGAUAAGAAAUCGCAAUAUAACAACGCAUUGAAGGUGCCGAACGAUUACGAUCAGGAAGAUGAUGAGGAAGCGGAUUUGGAUGAGAAUAACAAAUAUUGUCCUACAAAGUGUGCAUCAUCAGACAUGAUGAUCUGUGCCCACUGCCAGCACGGCGUGUUUCGUACAUUUAUGAGUGUCUGCCAUUUGAGGGCAUUCACGUGCGCACAUACGGACGAGAAACUUUCGCUUGUAUCGCGCAAGCCAUGUGUCCAGUCAGCGCCAUUUUUAUACGAUCUGCCAGAAACGAAAGGUCGCAUCGAACAUUCCGAUGAUAGAGUGUUGCAGUUCAUAAAAUGCAGGCGUGAUGGCAAAUUAGGAAAGGAUCCCCAGUGCAACUUCCACUAA